UCAAUUACGUCAAUUAUUUGUGUUGAAAUAAUUGUAAAUUAAUGAAAUAUUUUCCAUCGUGGAGUUCAAUAUUCGUGAAAAAAAUACGUCGUAUUUUUCUUUUCCUUUAAUAUUUAUCAUAAUUUCAACUAGUCUCGAUAUAAAAUGUCACAAAAAUCUUCCUAUUCUGUUUAUUCCGAUUCGCUAUAGUUCUUCAAAGGACAACAGCUGACCGAAGAUAUUAAAGAAGUAGUAUAAAUUUGUAGUGGUACAAAAUGGUUUUAGCAGAUUUGGGUCGAAAAAUAACGACUGCGUUGCAGUCGUUAAGUCGUGCUACUAUUAUAAAUGAAGAGGUUUUGAAUUCUAUGCUAAAGCAAAUAUGUGCAGCUUUACUUGAGGCUGAUGUAAAUAUACGUUUAGUCAAGAACCUUCGUGAAAAUGUACGAGCAGUUAUUGAUUUCGAUGAGAUGGCGGGAGGACUCAACAAAAGGAGGAUGAUACAAUCUGCCGUUUUCAAAGAACUUGUUAAGCUUGUAGAUCCAGGAGUAAAACCAUACCAGCCAAUUAAAGGGAAACCCAAUGUCAUAAUGUUUGUGGGACUCCAGGGCUCGGGUAAAACAACAACUUGUACGAAGCUUGCAUAUCAUUAUUUGCGCAAAAACUGGAAAUCAUGUCUUGUGUGUGCUGACACCUUCAGAGCUGGAGCUUAUGAUCAGGUCAAACAGAACUGUACUAAGGCGAGGAUACCGUUUUAUGGAAGCUACACAGAAGUUGAUCCAGUAGUUAUUGCAUCGACAGGUGUGGAUAUGUUCAAAAAAGAGGGAUUUGAAAUGAUCAUUGUGGACACCAGUGGUAGACACAAACAGGAAGAGUCCCUCUUUGAAGAGAUGUUGGCAGUUGCCAAUGCUAUUAAACCAGAUAACAUUAUAUUUGUGAUGGAUGCCACAAUUGGUCAGGCUUGUGAGUCUCAAGCCAGAGCUUUCAAAGACAAAGUAGACAUUGGGUCUGUUAUUAUUACCAAGUUGGAUGGCCAUGCAAAAGGAGGUGGUGCAUUGUCAGCUGUAGCAGCAACAGAGAGUCCCAUAAUAUUCAUUGGUACUGGAGAGCAUAUUGAUGACCUUGAGCCUUUCAAAACUAAACCGUUCAUCAACAAACUGCUGGGAAUGGGAGACAUAGAGGGGCUGCUGGACAAAGUCAACGAGCUGAAGUUGGACGACAAUGAUGAGCUGCUGGAAAAACUGAAGCAUGGACAGUUCACAUUGAGAGCUAUGUACGAACAGUUCCAAAAUAUCAUGAAAAUGGGCCCAUUCUCACAAAUUAUGGGCAUGAUACCAGGCUUCUCUCAAGAUCUAAUGUCAAAAGGCAGCGAACAAGAGUCGAUGGCAAAACUGAAACGUCUUAUGACCAUAAUGGACUCCAUGAAUGAAGGUGAACUGGACCAUCGCGAUGGAGCGAAACUGUUCUCCAAACAACCGACCCGCGUCACCAGAGUGGCCCAAGGAGCUGGUGUAACUGAAAGGGAUGUGAAGGAUCUUAUAGCUCAAUACACCAAGUUUGCAGCGGUCGUGAAGAAAAUGGGCGGCAUCAAGGGUCUAUUCAAAGGUGGUGACAUGGCUAAGAAUGUCAAUCAAACUCAAAUGGCAAAACUUAACCAGCAAAUGGCCAAAAUGAUGGAUCCAAGGAUCCUUCAACAGAUGGGUGGUAUGUCAGGCCUUCACAAUAUGAUGAGGCAGCUGCAGCAAGGGUCAAGUGGAAUGCACAGCCUUAUGGGUGGAAAAUGACCUUAGCACUGCUUCGUUGGGAAGGAAAUGAAUUCAAUUUUUUUUUCUUCAUUCUUCCCUGUAGGGAAAAGGCAAAGGUAUUACACCGUACAGCCAGGAAAUGAAUUCACAUUCACAUUGUUAACCCACUGAUUGCAUGUUAUGGUGUGUUCAUUAUAAGAUAGAUCGGGUGGUUUCAGUUUGACGAUAAUUGAAAUUAAAAUCGUAAUUUGGUACGGAAAAGGAACACAUUUGUUUACAAAGUGUUUAAUAGAAAAGGGUAAAGGUAAAACCAACAUAAAGACAAAGCUUUAUACCCACUAUGCUGCACCAAUGUGGGAUUGUGGGCUCAUACAUUUUACUGGAACAUAAAAUAGAGGCUCGUACAUGUUGUUCUGCCACUCGCGCCAUCCUUUAAUAAACAAACUAUAAAACAUGCACCACCCAUUAUAUUCAAUAAAUGUAAGGCCAAAUAGA